CGCUGUUGGCGCAUCAGUCGCGGCCGAGCGGUGGAUGGGGUGGGUCUGAGGUGCCCGGUGUGAGGAGAACGACGCAUCCGCUGGCCGACCUGAUUUGUGACGCAGCGUGAGGAGGCGUGUGGGAAGGUCAUCUUCAACUUCAGGCUGCCAUGGGGAACAAAGCCAGCACCGCAACCCAGUGGGAGGUGCCCAACAGCGACACUGGAAGCCUAGAUCAUCGCAGUCAGCAAGGGCCAGCAGCGCACGUGGAACGCUGGGCUGAACAGAUGGAUACGUUGAACGCCGCCAGAGAGCGACAGGCGGUGAUCCAGGAGGCAACAACUGUGGGCCGCCGGGUCACGCCUCACAUCACGUUUAACCCGCCCGCUCCGUCCGUCCCUCCCGCCCGUCCAGCCCCGCCCGCCCCACGGGCCCCCCGCCUGCCCGAGCUCUGCUCCCGCCACGGCUCGCGCGAGGGCUGCGUGGACGCCAACUGCCGCCGACUGCACCUCUGCCAUCUCUUCCUGGCGGACAUCUGCAAGUUCGGCGACGCCUGUCGCAACGGACACUCGCUGACCACAGUGCAUAACCAGGUGGUGUGCAACAGGUUUGGACUUGACACCAGCCGGGAGCUGGCGGCUGUUCAAAUGCUGCGACUUGCCUUUCAAGAAACUGGCCGCAUGCCGGAUGAAAUCCGUCACAAAUAUCUGGACGUUUGCUACAAAGCCGGUUCACCGAACCCAUGCCAGGAGCCUCUUUGCAACAGGCUGCAUAUUUGCAGAAUGUUUGUAACGGGAAGGUGCAACCGACCUGCAUGCAAGCAUGGACACGACCUUCACACCACGCACAAUAAUGACGUGCUGAGUCGUCAUAAGGCGACCAGAUUGAGUGAUGCUGCGAUUUUGGACCUCCUUCGCGAGAAAUGCUCUGGCCGACGUCAGGGUGGUGGAGAUCGCCAUCCCGGCGGGGGACCGCGGCGCCAGCAGCAGCGUGGCGCUGCCGGCGGCGGAGGUCAGGUCGAGGCCAGAGCUCGGGCGAGCAGCGGAGGACAGGGCAGCGGUGGAGGCCAGAUGAACGGCAUUGCCGAGGAGCUGCAGUGUCCGGUCUGUCUGGACAUGCUGCAGAGAGCCACCACGCUUGGCUGCGGGCACACCUUCUGCGAGGAAUGCCUGCGGGAUGUCCGCGAAAACGACCCCAAGUGUCCGAUGUGUCGCGAGCGCAUAACCUCUUCUAUCCGCUCCGUUACGCUGGAUAACGUCAUCAGCAGCCUCGCCGCCCACCGCUGAUGCCUGAGGACCAGCAAGGUUCGGGCAUUUGGGUAGCUUUAAGGUACGGCCAAAGAGAGCCACAUAUGUCAUGCUUCGGUGCCUGAGGCAAGAUUUCCGACCACGUAAAAAUAGUCGCGAGCGGCUUCUGCGUUUGCUUGGGGAAUGCGGUGACAUGGGUCACCACUGUGCCAAUUUUGUGGUCUUUAUCACACCUUUGUAACACGUGGAAGCAUGCAAAAGUUGUUCGUAUUCACUCACGUCUACUUGCGCGUUUUUUCGAUAUUUGAUACUCGUUUUAGUUGCCCGACAUUCGUGCUCCGUGUAGUUGACAUUGAUCUCCCGAGUAAAGUGCUGCUCGAAGAACACGAUUGGUACUGUGUAACUGAAUCCUGACUCUUGGUUGCAGUACCGUUGGAAGAGACUAGAGCCGAUUUUAAGCAACAUGGUGCUGCACACUAUGUUGUUGCCGGGAUUUCAGUGAUCCACAGACACUACUGUUGACAUGGCGGAUGCAAAAAUGUAGUGAGUGGAAGGUUGGGUAGACUAGGAAAAACAUUGAAUGAUUGGGAAGGGCAUUGUUUUGUACGUCUUUCGCGAUAAAGGAAAAACAAAGGAUACGAUGCCGCCGCUCUCGGCUACCGUUCCCGAUAGGAUAGUGAUUAAGGCCUUACUCAGCUCAAGACUGCAUCGUGCCUUAAUGAAACAUGUAGCCGAGAAACAUUGUGGCAUCGAGCACGUCGUCUUGCCAGAUGUAAGUAGCCAAAUGUUCAGAGCGGCCGCUGUCAACGUUCGUGACCGAGCUUAUGUCUCCAUGCGGUCUUUCUCAGAGAACCUCAUGAGCCCUGCAAUGGCGCUGCCUGGUGCCCAUCCUGAAGACAAAUCCAUGAUCAGACAUGAUACGCGAGUUGAAGCUCUACUUGUGAAGUGUGCGCAAAUGUGUUAUGCAUGCGUUUUUGAAUACAUAGAAUAGAAUACAUUUUGAAUACAUACAUAAUACACAAUAUAUUGAA